AUGCCCGCCCACUCGCCGCCUUCGCCGGUCAUGAAGCCGACGAAGCGUCCGCGCCAGGGCUCCUACGACGACGCUUCCCCGACCUCGGGCGGGAACGACCAGAGCCCGUCCGGCGACAACCAACACGACGCCAUCGCCGGCGCCGGCGCCGGCGCAGCCUUGGCCGACAAGGCGGGCGGGAAGCCGGGCCAGAGCAGCAACUUUCGCAACGUGAGCGCCUGUAACCGCUGUCGUCUGCGCAAGAACAGGUGCGACCAGAAGCUGCCCAGCUGUGCGAGCUGCGCAAAGGCCGGCGUCGCCUGUGUGGGCUACGAUCCAAUCACCAAGAAGGAGAUCCCCAGAAGGUACGGCGCGAGCAACUGGGGUUACUACUGCCUCUUCACCUAUGUGUUUUAUCUAGAAACCCGCGUGGAGCAGCUGGAAGCGCUGCUCGCCAACAACAACAUCCUCUUCCCACCCGCCGAGAACCUCGAGCUCUGCUCACGCCCCGGAACCGAACCUCCGAGAUCGACCACAGACCCCGGCCACUCGGCGCGUUCAGAAAGCAUCGACGGCAACGGCCCCGCGAAGAACGGCAGCGUCCACCGCCCUGACCUGGAGAAGGCCAAGAAGGCCGAGGGCGGGGCGCAGACGGGCAUGCUCGAUAUCGUCGCCCCGUCGAAGCCGCGGUCCUUGGCGUCCGCCUCGGGCGUGUCAUUCAACCGCGUCGUUUUCGCCGCCGUGCAGUACUCCGUAUCGGAUCAGAAUGGUUCCGACCGCGCGGGCAAAGGCCUCCCGAUCGGCAGCGGGACGUCGAUGCGCGACUCCUUCUUUGGCCUCCACACUAAACCCACGAUCCGUCCGGCGAAUUUCCCAGACCGUGAUGUCGGCAUGAGGCUUGUGACGCUCUAUUUUGAGCACGCCAACCCCCAAAUACCCAUCCUCCAUCGCGGGGAGUUUAUGCAAAUGUUCGAACAGGCGUACGCCAACCCGAGCGGGCCGAAAGGACCGCGGGAACUAUACAUGUUGAACAUGGUGUUUGCCAUUGGCUGCGGCGUCAUCGUGGGCGAGCCUGUGAAAUCAGACGGUUCAGGUGCUGGGCCCCGUAAUCCGCCAGACGCAAAUAAGUUUGGCCAGGCUCAGCCCGAGGAAUAUCACGCGAGUGCUAUCGUACAUCUCGAGGCGUGUCUUGGCAAUAGUGGCGGCGGGCUGGAGGUUCUGCAAGCGGUACUUUUGCUGGCCAACUUUGCGCUCCUCCGGCCCGUCCCGCCGGGUCUUUGGUACAUAAUUGGCGUCGCUGUUAGGCUGGCCGUAGACCUAGGCUUGCAUUAUGAGGAUGGUAGCGACGUAGCGAAAGCCAUGAUGGACCCGCUGGGGAAGAUUAAAGAGGAGAAUGGCGAGAUGAAUGAGUCGGGUGAGACGCGGUCCCGCGAAAAGGGAAGACGGUUGUUCAUCCGUGACAUGAGGCGGCGGCUUUGGUGGUGCACAUAUUCCCUCGACCGCCUGGUCAGUACGUGCGUGGGUCGACCGUUUGGCAUCAGCGACCAGGUCAUCACCACCGAGUUCCCCUCGCUGCUGGACGAUCAGUACAUCACCCCUACCGGGUUCCUGGAGAUGCCUCCAGACUCGGCCGAGCCGAGCUACAAACAUGUGGCAUACCAUUACUUCAAGCUACGCCUGUUGCAGUCCGAGAUACUGCAGGUUCUGCAGUACAACCAGACACAAGUCGUGCGGGCUUCGGGCCAAAACAUUACGAACUCGGACAUGCACACCCACCUGCCGUCACCUUUCCUCGUCAAGUUCGAGUCCUUCCGCUCCUGGCGCAUCGACAUUGACCGGCGGCUGUACCAGUGGAAGAACUCGGCGCCGACAAGGGAAGAAACGGGCGUGGCCUUCUCCACGGAGUUCCUGGAGCUCAACUACUGGCAGGCGAUCAUCAUGCUGUACCGCCAGAGCCUGAGCGUUCCUGCCAUGUUUGAGGGCGAGUACAACACGUCUAACGAGGUGAACAGCCCGACGGCGUUCCAGGCAGAGCUGCGCGAGGACGAGGACAGGAUUUAUCUCAAGGUCGCCGAGGCCGGGCAGAAGAUCCUGCGCAUCUACCGACAGCUGCACCUCAGCGGACUCGUCAGCUACACGUACCUCUCCACCCACCACCUUUUCAUGGCCGGUAUCUCAUACCUUUACGCAAUCUGGCACUCGCCAAUCGUCAGAAGCCGCCUGACAAUGGACGAAGUAGACUUCACCAUCCUCGCCGCCAAGUCCGUCUUCACCGACUUGAUCGACAAGUGCCCGCCCGCAGAGACCUGCCGCGACGCCUUUGACCGCACGGCCAAGGCCACCAUCAAGAUGGCUAACUCCACCGGCGGCUUCGGCUCCGUGCCACCGCGCAAGAUGCGCGAGAACAGAUUCGAAUGGAGCUCCGCGAGCGGCGACGGCGCCUCGACGUCGACAGCGAGCGCCGCCCCGGGCCGCCGCCGCCAGCAGCCGCCACAGCAGUUCCAGCAAGGCAGCUUCCAGACCGACCGCGCCCUCUCAGACACGCUUUCCUCCCCGAGCCUGUCGGUCGCCGGCGACCUGCCCCCGCGCAAUUCGCCGCGCGCCGCUGACUUCAACAUGAUGGGCCAGGGCAGCCCCUCAGAGAUCGAUCCCUCCUUCGUCGCCUCGCCACCCGUGCCGCGUCGCAUGGCGGCUCAGAGGUCAAGCAGCGGCGGUUCCUUCAUGAACCAGAAACAGCAGCAACAGCAGGGGGGUUCCUACAACAACAACAACAACAACAACAACAACAACAACAUGGGCGGCGAGUACCCCGACAUCCAGACCAUGGACUUCUUCCAGAGCCUCCAGGGCAACCCGAACGGCGAAGUCGGCGCCGGCGGCGACGGCACGACCCCGAACCUCGAUCUCGGCUUCGGCAUCAACUGGGACAACAUGCACCACGACUUCAGCGACGGGCAGCAGAUGAACAUAUUCGACGGCUUCUUCUUUGGAGGACAGCAGCAGCAACAGCCGCAACAGCAGCCGCAAGAUCAACAAGGCGCCAACGGUGCUAAUGCGAACGGUGGUGGCAUGUAA